AUGUCGUUCUUCAAACUGAGGCAUGAGAAAGCCAACCCACCAAAACCCGUGACCCAGUCUUUUGAAGGCAGAACAAUCCUCGUGACAGGCGCAACGUCAGGUAUCGGGCUCGAAGCUGCCAAGAAAUUGGCAGUAUUGCACGCGGACAAAGUGAUCAUCACUGCAAGGAAUGAGCAGAAAGCUCAAGCCGCCAGGAAAGAGAUCGAGACCUUUGUUCGGGCGCAGAGCUCGAUCCAAGCGAAAGAUCUGAGCGCACAGAUUGUGACGCGUACCCUUGAAAUGGAUUCUUUCGCGGCGGUAAAGACAUUCGUUCAGGAACUGCAGAAGGACUUCCCACGACUGGACGGUGCGAUCCUCAAUGCUGGGGCAAUCUAUACCGAAUGGAAUCAAAGUGAGGAUGGUUGGGAGAGUACUCUUCAGGUCAACACCAUGAGUACUUUCCUCCUUGGCGUCCUUCUUGUUCCUCUUCUCCUCGCGGGGGCAGAUAGCAGCAAGGGCGGAUAUAAGCCUCAUCUAACAUUCGUCUCAUCUGCACUGGCGUUCAUGGUGGACGCAAACAAGGAGAAAGCAUGGGCCAAGGACGACAACCCACUAGAAUGGGUCAACGCGCAGAAGAAUCUGCCCCCGGGACAAAUGAGUGCACAAACCAAAUAUUCACGAUCGAAAAUGGUAUUGGAGUAUGCCAUUCGUCAGCUGGCAGCGUCACCCGCGCUGAGAGACGCCGACGGUCAUCCAAGGGUAAUUAUUGAUUCGACUUGUCCCGGAAUGACCAAAAGUGACCUUGGACGUCAAUUCGAUAGUUUCCUGUUUCGAAUUGUCAAAUGGAUCAUGUUCUCCCUCCUCGCUCGUGAGACGGAACAAGGUGCCAACAUAUUAGUCAGCGCACUCAUCCAAGGCGAAGAGGUGCAUGGGCAAAUGUGGAGGGACGACAAGAUCAAUCAGCCAGCUGGGUUGUAUGCCACGGCUGAGGGCAAAACAAUGGGGGUGAAAAUGUGGAAAGAUAUUCGCCAGAUCAUACUGAAGGCAGACCCGAGCACGAAGCCCUUCUUACCGGAGAAUUAA